AUGAGGAUAUUCGCCCUCGCCGUCUCAGUAGCCGCAGCUCUCUCCACAGUGGAGGCAGCCAGGCACGCAUCCGUCCACCUCCGCGUUCACCAGAAGGAAUCCUCCUGCACUAUCCCGAACGAGUCCCAGUGCGACGGCCAGAACUGGACGGGCAGCACUUGCUGCGCCGACCCCAACUACGAGUGCCGCUGGUCGGACGACGGGCAGAGCGUCAAGCGCUGCCAG